CUAAUUCAGUUUCAAUACUAUUCUAUGUUCACUUGCUGCACUUAGAAUUAAUAAAAUAUCAGUAUUUGUUACAUAAGUUAUACAUUUUAAAAGAAGACUAUUUUCAAUUGAAAUAUCGUUUAAUUUUUAAUGAUGACGACAGUCCAUCUAAGCAGUUUCUCAGCAAUAUUAAGAAUCGUCUUUGGUGGUAGAUUAACUAUCGAAUAUUGUAACAGCACUGAGUUAGAAUUGGGUGGUAAAAUCAUUAGCAUCUAUUUAGAAUUUAUUAAGCCGCAAGAUAAUAAUCAAGAUGAUUAUCGUGCUGUAACCUUAAAAAUGCUACCAGUGGUUAAAUGUUUUCGAGAAACAUAUUUUCUUGAAGCGUUAUUCAAAAACGAAAUUUUUAUGUAUGGAACAAUAUUGCCGGCGUAUAAAAGAUUUGAAAUUGAUAGCGGUAUAAGCGAGAGUGAAGUACUCAAUAUCGCUUCAGUUCAUUAUGGUUCACAAUUAAUUCCCAAUCCUGCAAUCGAUUUGCAUGGACAUGAUGGUAGAUAUAUUGUUUUAGAAAAUUUACAAUUUGAAGGUUAUUACAAAGAUGAUCGAAAAAUUGGUGCAAAUCUUAUUCAUUCAAAAUUAGGAGUACAAGCUUUAGCUAAAUUUCAUUCUACUGGAAUAGCUAUGAAACACAAUAACCCAGAAGAAUUCGAGAUUUUGAAGAACGAAUCUACACCAGUGGAGGUAAGAAAUCCUCAAGAAUGGAUCGAGGUCGUCAAUAAUAUAUUUAGAAUGAUAGCAAGUGACUCAACGAUUAAACAAUAUAUUGAUUCGUGUGUGAAAUUAUAUGAGCUAGAAAAGGAUCAUCGGACAUCUACGCCGCUCGAACCAUGGACAUCAAUAAUUCAUGGAGAUUUUACAAUUUUAAAUAUAGUAUUUUGUCAAAGCCCAGAUGAAAGUAUUCCUGAAGAUGUCAAAUUUGUCGAUUUUCUAAACCACGCAUUUGCUAGCCCACUACACGAGCUUGCAUUAUUUCUUGCCACCAGUACUGAUCAAGAAGUUUUCGAGAAUCACUAUGAUGAGCUUCUUGAUCUAUAUUAUGAGACUCUCAAAAAUAGAUUAACUUUAUUCGGUGUUGAUGCUGAAUUCUACUCGAAAGAAAGCUUUGAUAAUCAAUAUCGUCAGGAUGCACGAUUACAUUUUUCACAUUAUCUUACGGCACUUCAAAUAAUCACUUUUGACUUGGAAUUCAACGAAAUUGCUGGAAACCUCACAGGAUUUCUUAAAUAUUCUCAAAAUGAAAGAUUUUGUGAAAAGUUACGAAAUAUUAUAACAUUAUAUGAUCGUCGUGGAUGGUUCGAUUGACUAUUAACUCUGUAAUUCGUUAAAAUUCUCAAAAUUGUAUCAUAAAUUGUGAGUUUUGUUUCAUUUAUGCCUGUCAGAUACAAAAUAAAUUAUGAUAUAAUAUUUUUUUUUACCAAUUGAAUGUGAACUUAUAAACAAACUGAAUUUCUCAAACUUUUUGUGAAUUUUUAAAAAUUGUUUCCUUGUAAUGAAUGUUUUUAUGAGUCUAAUUACAAUAAAA